AUGACAAUUCCAAAUCCUUUCAAUUUUUCAAUUGGUUUCGAGUUUUUUUUUUCUCCAAAGAUAUUUGAAUCUUUAUGCUAUUUAAGGCUUUCUCCGAAUAUCUUUUCCUUUUUUCACUUUAUUGAAUUAAUAAUUAAAAUAUUCUUAGUAUUAGCGUACAAUUUUAAGAGUAUUCCUUAUUUUAUCCUUAUAACUCCGAAUUCUUAG